AUGGAGGAUUCCAUCCGCAUAUCCCUCAGCUAUCUUUCCCCCGCGGUCUCGCCAUGGCAGGCGCAGAACGUGGCCGGCACGUACGCGCAGGUGCUGCAGAGCAUGGUCGACGGCCCAUACCAGCCAGUUGCCGACAUCGCCACGUUCAGCCCCGCAAACGAGCAGCAGCUUACCGCGUGGACCAGCGCGAUGCCUACAGCUAUCGAAGACUGCAUCUACGACUUGUUUUCUCGAAUUGCUGCCGCGCAGCCGUCUGCCCCUGCGGUGGCCGCGUGGGAUGGCUCGCUGUCGUACACGGAGCUUGACGACCUCUCGACGCGAGUCGCCAUGAAGCUGGUGUCGCUGGGAGUAGGACCGGGUGAUCUGGUCUUGCUCUGUUUUGAAAAAUCUAUGUGGGCGGUUGUGUCCAUGCUUGGGGUGUUGAAGGCUGGAGGAGCCUGCGUCCACCUCGAUCCUGCACAUCCGGCCGAUCGCUUGAGUCAGAUUACCGCAGACACCAACGCAAAGGUCCUCUUAACCUCAUCCGAGACCAAACACAAAGUCAUGAGUGCAAAGCAUCAAACCUUUGUGGUCGACGCGGCUGCAACCGAGUCCAUGCCAACGGCAUAUCCCCUCAACCGCCAGCUUCCGCAGCCUACGACACCGGCAUUCGUCAUCUACACCUCUGGCAGCACCGGGGUCCCCAAAGGCGUGGUACUGGAGCAUCGGACAGUCUGCUCUUCAAUGCACGCACAUGGAACAGCACUGGGGAUCCAACCUGGCACCCGCGUGCUCCAGUUCGCCGCGUACGUCUUCGACAUCAGCAUCCAGGACGUGUUCACCUCGCUCACGCGCGGAGCCUGCGUCUGCGUGCCCUCGGAGCAACAGCGCAUGGAUAUGAGUGAGCUUGCCGCUUUUAUCCGCGAGAAGCAGGUGAACUGGAUGGGGCUCACACCGACGGUGGCUCGCCUGCUGGACCCUGCAACGAUCCCAACCGUCAAGACAUUAACCUUGGCUGGUGAAGCUGUAGACCAGGCGACUGUGGAUCGCUGGAGCAACGCUGGAUUGACUGGGUUCCACAACUGCUAUGGGCCUGCAGAGUGCACCGUCUACUGUGCGCACAAUGCAGCUGUUGGGGCUCGUGGCCAGAGCGCGGCGAAUAUCGGACGCGGCCUGAACAGUUUGCUCUGGGUGGUGAGUCCACAGGCGCACGACCAGCUGGUGCCGAUCGGGGCGAUCGGUGAGCUUGUCGUUGAAGGGCCUCUUGUUGCCCGGGGCUACUAUAACGAUACCGCAAAGACAGAAGCCUCAUUUAUUGUUAAUCCGCGGUGGGCGGACCGUUUCCGCCCUCAGGGCUGCGGUGACGAGCGGAGGAUGUACAGGACGGGGGAUCUGGUGCGAUACAAUCCGGAUGGGUCGCUGGACUACCUGGGGCGGAAGGACACCCAGGUCAAGAUCCGUGGCCAACGCGUCGAGCUUGGAGAUAUCGAGCAGCGGAUCCUGCCUGCUCCGGACGUGCAGAAUGGGCUGGUCGUGGUGCCCAAGGCCGGUCCAGGCAAGGGCCAGCUCGUCGCGGUCGUCGCAUUCAAGAACAGCCCAUCCACCGGGGGAGUAUUGGAGAUCGUAGCGAGAGACGAGGACACCAACGCAGCCUUGGCUCGACUCGGCGAGAACAUUGCAGACAGCCUUCCUGCCCACAUGGUUCCUCGCUUCUGGCUGCCUGUGGCGGAGAUCCCCCUGAAUCUGUCUCGCAAAGUCGACCGCGCCCGCAUCGCCCGCUGGGUCGAGGAGCUCGGCGAGGCGUCCUUCCGCGACGAGUCGGCCGACUCUGCGCCAGCAACGGCGAUGGAAGGCCGGAUCCAGCAACUCGUGGCUAGGGUUCUGGGGAUUCCGCUGGACAGCGUCAGCAUGAGCAAAUCCUUUAUCAGACUAGGCGGCGACUCGAUUACCGCGAUGCAAGUGGUGGCCAGAGCCCGGGAAGAACGAGGGAUCCGGCUGCGCGUCCGCGACAUCAUGAGGAGCAAGUCGCUCGUGCAUCUGGUCUCGCUGGCUGGUCGCCACACUGCAUCGGACGAAGCCUACACGGAGUCUGGGGAGCCUGUCUUCGGGCUCUCCCCCAUGCAGCAGUUCUACUUCGACUUGGCAGACCAGACGCCUUCCCACUACAACCAGAGCUUUCUCGUGCAGCUUUCGCGGACCGUCAAAGGUUCGGCCGUUGCAGCGGCCCUGGAUUCAGUGGUGCAGCGACAUGCGAUGCUGCGGACCUUGUUCUUCCAGGCUGAUGGACAAUGGCAGCAUCGUGUGCACUCUCCGUCCUCCGCAUAUCGUUUCCGAAUUCACACCAUAAACACACAGGAUGAGGCCGACGAUGCUAUCCUCGCCAGCCAGAGCAGCAUCGACAUUCACAAGGGCCCGAUCUUUGCAGCCGACCUGCUCAACCACACCGAGGGCGACGAGCAGCAGCUCUUCCUGACGGCACACCACCUGGCCAUCGACCUUGUCUCUUGGAGAAUUGUCCUUGCGGACUUGCAGGAUAUUCUUAUGACGGCAAAGCCCCUCCCCCAGCCCCCGGUGCAAUAUGCAGCUUGGGUUCGGCUGCAAGCGGCCCAGGCAGGGACUGCCACUCUGCUCCCCGAGCGCGUCCUUCCCUUUGAGGUCGCCGGGGCGGACUAUGCGUACUGGGGCAUGCAGAGCAAGUCAAACCGCUACGGGGAUGUUGCGCACGCAGUGUGCGAGAUCGACAAGGAGAUCAUGAGCACAGUCCUGUCGAGGGCCUACGAGGUCUUCCGAGCAGAAGCCACCGAUAUCUUCCUGGCUGCCGUGCUCUUCUCGUUCAACCAGACCUUCUGCGACCGCAAACCACCCACAAUAUUCACCGAAACGCACGGUAGAGAUCUCCCCGAUGAAUGGGAUGCCGACAUGGAUCUGACCGGGACCGUCGGGUGGUUUACUGCGCUGGGCCCUUCUUUCCUUGCCCGCGACGAGGCGCAGGACAUCGUCGAGGCCCUCCGGCUCAUCAAGGACCAGAGACGCAAGCUACCGGCCAGCGGAACAGCCUACUUCAUGUCGCGAUUCGGCGACCAGCGGGGACGCACCGCGUUCAAGAACCACAUGCCCAUGGAGCUGCUAUUCAACUACCUCGGCCAGUAUCAGCAGCUGGAGCACGAUGACAGCCUGUUCCGCAUGGUCUCCAAAAGCCCCAGAACGGCACUGAGUGAUGUACAUCCGCAGAGCACGCGCAUGGCGCUGAUCGAAGUGUCUGUCGUCGUGACUGCAGGCUCGACUGUUUUCGACUUUGCGUACAAUGCCAACUCCAACCGCAAGGACCAGAUCCAGACCUGGCUGCGAAACUGCGAGAGCUGCCUGCGGAACAUGGCGCGGGAUUUUGCGGAUCUCGCACCCCAAAGGACACUUAGCGACUUUCCUUUAUUGGAUUUCUCCUACCCAGAUCUGCAAAGCAUCGUACAGACCCGCCUCCAACCCAUGGGCAUCGCGAGUCUGACCCAGGUCGAUGCAAUAUACCCAACCUCGCCCAUCCAGGACGGAAUCCUUCUGGCACAAGAUCGCUCCGAGGAGGUCUACAACGUGCACUUUCAAUAUGAAGUCUCUCACUUCCGCACGGGCGUCUUGACCCUGGUUGACCAGAAUCGCCUUGUGCAGGCCUGGCACCAGGUGGCGGCCAAGCACGAGAUCCUGCGAACCGUCUUCGUUGACGCAGUCGCGGAAGGCGCAGUCUUCACCCAGCUGGUGUUGCAGGAGCCUCAAAUCAGCAUCGAGCUCGUGCCCGCCUGCGAUGACGACGAAGCGUUGGCCAUCCUGUCCCAGCCUGCCCAGCACACCGCGGGCGACAAGGGAUCGCCGGCGCACUGUUUGCGAAUCUGCCAGACGAAAUCCGCUCGGACGCUGUGGAAGCUCGAAAUCAGCCACGCGCUCAUCGAUGCGCAGUCGAUGGCCAUCGUGCUGCAGGACCUCAAGGCCGCAUACGAAACCGGCACCCUCGACGGGGACAAUUCGGUGUAUUCCGCGUACAUUCGCUACUUGCAGCGUUGUCCGGCCCACGCUGCUUUAAACUACUGGAAAGCAUAUGUCCGAGGGCUGGAGCCAUCACAUCUUCCUACAAACAGCAGCAGUGACGAUGAGCCGAAACAUGAGCAGCAACAUGUGGAGAUCAACCUGUCGACAGUCGCAGCCCGACUCAGUGCUUUCUGCCGCGAAAACGAAGUCACCAUGUCGACCGUCUUCCAGGCCGCGUGGGCGCUGGUCCUGAGCUGCUACAGCGGUGAUUCAGCCGACGUGAGCUUCGGGUAUCUCUCGUCUGGCAGAGACAUCCCUGUCGAGGGGAUCGAGUCUGCAGUGGGCCCCUUUAUCAACAUGCUCGUCUGCCGCGCGGCGACAGGUGCAGACGUCCGUGUCAACCAGCUGUUGAAGCAGAUCAAGGACGACUAUCUCGCCGGCAUUGAACAUCAGCACUGCUCGCUGGCGGAGAUCCAGCACUCUCUGGGGCUGGCGGGCCGACGCCUAUUCAACUCCAUCAUGACCGUCCGACACGAUACCAGCGAUGAGUCUGCGGGCAAUCCCGAUGGUCUCACAUUCACCUCCAUCGGCAGCCACGAUCCGACCGAGUACGAGAUGGUGGUUGGGGUGGUCAUCUCCGAGACAAAUCCGCGCUUCUCGCUCACGCACCAGAGCCCCGUCAUCUCGUCGUGGCAAGCCCAGAAUAUCGCACAAGCCAUGCAGACAGCGCUCGAAUCCUUCCUGACCAACCCAUACGCGGAGCUACAGACCAUUGAUCUCGUUGGAGGAGCCGCGCAGCAUCUCAUCGAAGGGUGGAAUAGCCAUCUGCCCACAACGAACCGCGCGUGCGUCCACGAUCUGAUUGAACAAACGGCACAGAAGCAGCCUUCUGCGAUUGCACUGUGCUCUGCCACGGAGCAGAUGACCUACCGCGAGGUGAGCGAGCUGUCCACCCGUUUGGCGAGACACCUCCAAUCGCUUGGCGUGGCCCCGGGCACAUUGGUUCCAAUCUGCAUGGACAAGUCGGUAUGGGCCGUUGUCUCUAUGCUGGCAGUCAUCAAGGCAGGGGGCGCGUACGUCCCAAUCGACCCUGAAUUGCCUGUCAAGAGGCACGAAGGGAUUUUAACCCAGUUGCCGUCGCAGGCUGUCUUGCUUACUUGCCCACACACAUCCUUCCACGCCCGGUUCAGGGGAAUUAAACUCGAAGUCACACCGGAGAUGCUGCACGGUAUCAGAAUAUAUAACCAGCAGCCGCUCCCCUCCGUACAUCCGACCGAUUCAAUGUAUGUGCUGUUUACGUCUGGCAGUACCGGAGAACCCAAAGGCGUGGUCGUCGAGCACCAAUCGGCAGCGACCAGUCUGGUCAAUCACGGCGCAGCGAUGAACCUGAGCGCUGAUUCUCGAGCCUUGCAGUUCUGCGCCUUCUGGUUCGACGUCAGCGUUUGCGAAAUCUUCGGAACUCUGCUCCACGGCGGAAGCGUGUGUAUCCCUCGCGACCAGGACCGGAACCUGGACAUUGUGCAGUUCAUGGAUGAGAUGAAAGUCAACUGGGCCUUCUUCACUCCCUCAUUCGCCUCGCUCAUCCAGCCAACGCAGGCGAAGCAUCUGAAAACACUGGUUCUGGGCGGCGAGGCGAUUCGACCGUCGAAUAUCAGAGAGAACGCGGACAAGGUGGAACUGAUCAACGGAUACGGGCCCACCGAGGCAACGAUUUUCAGCCUCGUCCACCAUAUCAGGUCGUCCACCGAGGAUCCCAAGGUCGUUGGUCGGGCCGUCGGCUGUCGCGUGUGGCUGACCAGAGUCAACAACCCGCACUGCCUCGCCCCCCUGGGAAGUGCCGGAGAGCUCCUGAUCGAAGGUCCGCAGCUUGCGCGUGAGUAUUUGGGCAGUCCGAGCAAGACCAAGGAAGCAUUUGUCGAGGAGCUCCAGUGGUGCCAGCGAGUCGAUGUUCAUCCUCGCCCACAGAGGCUGUAUCGAACUGGGGACCUCGUGCGAUACCGUCCCGACGGCGCUCUGGAGUUUAUCGGAAGAAGGGAUAAGCAGGCCAAGGUCAACGGGCAACGGCUUGAGCUCGGUGAGGUGGAGCAGCAUCUCAGCGCGCAUGUUCAUGCAGGGAUUGCUCUGAUUCCCUCCCAAGGCCGCCACGCAAAGCAGCUGGUUGCCCUCGUCUCUCUGCCUGGGCUGACGAGGAAGCACAAUGAGCUUCGCCUGGUCGACAUCAGCCAUCGUGAGACUGUGGCAUCCGCUAUAACAAGGCUGCAGGAUACGCUACUGGAGCAGCUCCCUCGGUACAUGGUGCCCACGGCCUGGCUAGUGGUGCAAGACAUCCCUCUCGGUUCAGCGGGCAAGCUGGAUGUGAGGCGGGCCAGCGAGUGGGCUGAAGCACUUUCCGAACUGGAUCUCCAGCAUGCCGAGGCCCUGGCGACCCCAGAAGACUCCGCAGCCCCAGUGUCAGAUCUCCAGCUGCAGAUCAUGCAGGUCCUCGCGCGCGUCCUCGGGAUUCAGUCCGAUAAGGUAAUGCUGCACCGAUCGUUCAUCAGCCACGGAGGAGACUCCAUUACCGCGAUGCAGGUGUCUGCCCAAUGUAGGGCCGAGGGAAUCCUUGUGCGCGUUCAGGAUAUCAUCAAGAGCAGAUCCGUUGCUCAACUAUCUUCAACCGCUCGCCUUGUUACGGAGACUGACGCGUCAAUCUCGCCGAUUUCGACGGCUGAUCCAACCGAGACCGUCUUCGCGCUCUCGCCCAUUCAACAAUUCUUCGUUGACUUGUCUGGACACCCGGCCUCGCGCUUCAACCAAAGCACAUUCGUUCGACUCCGCGAUGCUAUCGACCCAGACCGCGUGGCCAAGGCUGUCCGAGAUCUAGUUCAGCGGCACUCCAUCCUGCGCGCACGCUAUGUUCGUCGUCAACAUGAAUGGGCCCAGAUUGUAUCCAAGGACAUUGGAUAUUCAUUCCAAUUUCAGCACCACCUCGUGCCUCGCAGCAGGCUGGCAGAGAUUAUGCACGCAAGCCAACUAAGCCUGGACGUCGAGAGAGGCCCGGUGUUCAGCGUCGACCUGGUGCACACAGACGACGGCGCCGAAUUUCUCUACAUGGUCGCCCACCAUCUGGUCAUUGAUCUGGUCUCCUGGCGCGUUAUCCUGCAGGACAUCGAGCAUCUGCUCACGGUCAAAACACCGCUGGCCACAGUCCCCUUCCCCUUCCAGGCCUGGCUCAAAGCACAGGCUGCUCAUGUCGCUGAAGUCUACACUGUCGAUGAUGUUUUGCAGCACAGUGUGGUGCCGGCUGAUUUCGAAUACUGGGGCUUCAACGAGCCCAAGCACAACGUCUAUGGCAACACGGUCAGCGGUCAUUUUAGCCUAAGUGCAGAAUCCACCUCGGUGCUUCUGGGGACCGGCAACGAUGUGUUUGGAACAGACCCCGUUGACAUCUACCUUGCUGCGCUCUUCUGCUCUUUCCAAGAGACGUUUCCUGCCCGGCGGACCCCGAGUAUCUUCAUCGAGGGCCACGGAAGAGAGUCGUGGGACGAUACAAUCGACCUCGCAUCGACCAUUGGCUGGUUCACAACUCUGUUCCCCGUCUCCGCUGCGGAAGGAGCACAGCCGGAAAUCUUGGAUCUGAUCCGGCACACCAAGGACACCCGACGACGCGUGCCCAAGAACGGGUGGCCGUACUUCAACCUCCGAUAUCUGCAGGCGGCAGCGUUCAAAGACCACGCACCAAUGGAAAUCCUCUUCAACUACUUCGGCCAAUACCAGCAGCUCGAGCGCAGCGACGCCUUCCUGACGCCCGCCGAGAAGCUGCCCGACGAGGCGCGCAUUUUUGAAGUCGAUCUCCAGCAGCCCCGGCUUGCCCUGAUUGAAAUCUCCGCCACCGUGGCCCAGGGAGAGGCUCGCUUUGACUUUGUGUAUCCUGGACAAAUUUCCCACCAGGGAAAGCUGACCAAGUGGAUCAGCGCGUGUCAGCGCAUUCUCACAUCGAUCGCGCGCCAGCUGCCCACGAUGCGCGAGCAGCGGACACUGGUUGACUUCCCGCUGCUUUCGAUGAGUUACGCGGGCUUGGAUAAACUCGCGAAUGCAGUAUUUCCUGCUCUUCGAGUUGGUGGCUUCGACCAGGUUGAAGACAUUUAUCCAUGUACCCCUCUGCAGCUGGGUAUUCUCCUCAGCCACACCCAAGAGGAGCAGGCCUAUGCCGUCCAAUCCAUGUGGGAGGUCAAGGGUCAGAUCGAUGUCACUCGGUUGGCUGAUGCGUGGAGUCAAGUAGUGGAUCGCCAUGCGAUUCUGCGGACCGUAUUCAUUGAAAGCGUUGCAGAGCAGGGGGCCUUUGACCAGGUGGUGCUCAAAACGGUUGACAACCGGGCCGAUGUUCGCCAGUGCAGAGACGGAGACGCAGUCCGCGUGGUCGGCGAAUACUGCACGACAAUAUCUCCCUUUGGAGGCAUUCCCCACCGCUUCACCAUCUGGGUGACCGAGGGCCGCCAGCGGGUCUUCUGCAAACUCGAGGUGAAUCACGCCAUUAUCGAUGCAGUUUCUUUCUCACUCAUCCUGCGUGACCUGACCGAGGCGUAUGACAACAAGCCCACCUUCCUCGAGAUGGAGAGGCCUCUGUACCGGUCGUACGUCGAGUACAUCCAGAGCAAGCCCAAGCAGGCCGGCAUCGACUACUGGAAGACUCACCUGCAAGGCAUCGAGCCAUGUUACUUCCCAGCCGACUGUGACCGCCACGCGCAGAUUGGCCAGCUGAACUCGGUGGAUGUCGAGAUCGCCGACUACAACUCCCGCGUGAAGCAGUUCUGUGCCCAGCACGGAGUGACCCUGGCCAAUCUGCUCCGGACUGCCUGGGGCCUGGUACUUCGCGCGUACACGGGAUCCAACGAUGUCUGCUUUGGAUAUAUCAACUCUGGCCGAGACAUUCCCGUCCAUGACGCUGUCCAUGCGGUGGGGCCGUUUAUCAACAUGCUGGUGUCGCGGGUUACGUCUGCAUCAAGCGAUAGGAUUUCAACGGUGUUGGAGAGCGUGCAGUCUGCGUAUGCCGAGGGACUCGAGCACCAACAUACAUCGCUGGCUGAUAUACAGCAUGCUCUGGGCUUGUCGGGGAAGCCGCUGUUUAACACCAUCAUGUCCAUUCAGAGCUCUUCUGGCUCUGCUUGGGUAGAUCCCAACACCCCUGCGAUUCGGUUUGAAAAUAUCGGCGCGCACGAUCCAACCGAGGUAAGUUGCCCAAUACAAUCUCUGAACUUCAGACACUGA